CAAUCUUCUCAACACGGAUCACUUCCCUAAGAACUUUGUUUGUCUUGUUUCUCCGCAAUGCUCAGUCGCGUGCACAGCAGAGAGAGAGAGAGGAAGGAAUAGCACAGAAUCAGCAGGAGAAUAAUCCAAAGGGGAAUUUCACAGCAUUAAUGGAAUCUGGGAUUUAAAAUGAUUACUGUAAUUUGGAUUGGUGCUUUUCUCCUCCUUGGCACAGCAGAAGCCAAUGAAGUCUGCUAUGAAAAAAUUGGCUGCUUUUCUGAUAAGCCCCCUUGGUCAGGGGUACCUGGGAGACAACUGUUUGGCUUACCUGCUUCUCCUGAAAGUCUGAAUAUCUCUUUCUCUCUUUUCACUAAAGAGACUGGGAAUUUGUCACAAAAACUAUUAUACACCAGUAAAUCAACUAUCCAAAAUUCUUAUUUCUCUCCAUUGAGGAAAACCAGCUUUGUUAUCCAUGGUUAUACCAGCACUGGAAAAUAUGGCUGGGUUGUGGACAUGUGCUUGCUGCUGGUGGAUGUGGAAGAUAUAAACUGCAUUGCUGUAGAUUGGGAAGAUGGAGCAAAAUGCACAUAUUUCACUGCUGCAAGCAACAUCCGUGUUUUAGGGGCUGUAUUAACUUAUCUUAUCAAUACUUUCACGAAAAUGUAUCAGUAUUGUCCUUCCAAUAUCCACCUCAUUGGUCAUAGUCUUGGUGCUCACACUGCUGGAGAAGCAGGAAGACGACUUCGAGGUGUUGGCAAAAAAUUUCGAGGCAUUAGCAGAAUAACGGGCUUGGAUCCAGCUGGUAUUGGUUUUGAAGGUUUCUCUGAAAUGGUCAGACUUGAUCCUUCUGAUGCUGAAUUUGUGGAUGUUAUACAUACCAAUGCUGGGCAGUUUCCCAAUAUAGGAUUUGGAAUGCGCAAUGCCAUUGGUGAUCUUGACUUUUACCCCAAUGGUGGAACUGUUAUGGUUGGAUGUAAUGAUGGAAAUACACCAGUGACUGAAAGUGUCCCAGAAGGCUUUGUUAAAGAGCUUCGUAACGUUGGAAACUGCCACCAUUCACGAAGCCAUGAGUACUACAGUUACAGCAUUCUCUAUCCUGAUGGUUUUGUUGGCUAUCCAUGUAAAUCAUAUAAAUCAUUUAAAAAGGGAAAUUGCUUUCCAUGCCCCAGAGAAGGCUGCCCAAUGAUGGGUCACUAUGCCGAUCGGUUUCAGAAUAAACUGAAGAAGAACAACCCAAAGUACUAUUUAAAUACAGCACCUAAGGAGCCAUUUACCAGCUGGAGGUAUAAUAUAUCGGUCAAGCUAUCUGGAAUGAGUAUGGUGAAGGGAGAAGUAAACAUAGCAUUCCGUAGUAAAGAUGGAGAGACAAAGGAAUACCAAAUUGAGAGUGGCAAACUUAACCAAGAACAAAUCUACUCAAAGCUCAUCGAUGUUGAAAUUAAUCCUGCAAAUAUUUCAAGAGUUGAGUUUAUUUGGCAUAAGCAGUUCUUAACUUUACUGUGGGCUCAACUGGGAGCAGAAAGGGUGAGCCUAGUCCGUGGACAGGAUGGGCGGGAGCUUUUCCUUUGUGGCAAUGGGACAGUAAGCUAUGGAGUCCCUCAAACACUUACGCCUUGUUGAACAUCAACAGGAGGCAGGUGAUGUAAACUGCAAGUGUUAAUGAAGAGCAGCUUUCUUUGCUUGGCCACUGAAAGAGGUUUGAAACAUGGCUGUUUUAAGCAAGUCUUCUGUGAUGUUUUCUCAGUAUUUCUGCUCUGUGCCACGUCAAUGUCUUCAUUUUUAAAAUGAGAAGCCAGUGUAAUGUGUGCUUGUUUCUAUCUCCUUCCUAAAUACAUGAAAGUAGAUAUCACAAAUUGGGUUUUUGAUGUAUGUCUGGGAGUUCAUUCUUCCCCCAGGAAUGGGGCAAGAUAGAUCGAUAGAAAAGAGAGGACACUGACAGAUAUGGUCAUGAUGUGUCCUCAAGAGACCCCCUCUUGGAAGGCAAAGAGAUCCUGCAGAAAUAAAAAGUUGUGUCUUGAAUUGUUAAUCCUGAACAUCAUUUUUGUACAAAACCAACCUUGAUGAUUGCAGGGGAAUUGCAUGUCUUUAUACUCUGAUUACUGAUUGAAGCAAGAUGUCCAAAUGGGGAAAGGGUUUGUGAGAGAGUGUGUGUGUGUGUGUGUGUGUGAUCUGUUGCUCACAUUUCUACAGAGGACACUUACCUCACAUUUUGAAAUUCAAGUAGAACAGCAUGAUAUGUAGCAAUAGCUGCUCUGGAAUAUAUUACACCUUUAUGCAAAAUAUUGUAUUCGGUGCUCUAUAGUUGUGUAUUGUAUAGAUAGUAUAUUAUUGCAUGUUGCAAUAGCUGUGCUGUGAGUGUUUGGGCUGAAGAGCAAGGGUGUGAUUUCCUCCCCUCAGAUAAAUAAAUACAUGGCUGCAAAAACCACAAUAAGGAAAUUAUAACAAUUGCAUGAAAAACAUUGCUUGCUUUUUUAUUUUAGUACCAGUGAGAGAAUCUCAAACUAUUUCUACAGAAGUCUACAAAUUGUGGGAGAAUUCCUUGUAAUUAUUUUAUUCAGUUUAUUGAUCUAGAAAAUUUAUAAACACCUUGCUCAGAAAAAAAAAAUCCAAGCAAUGUACAGGUCUAAUUAUAUCUUAAACAUGACUAAAAUACACAAGCCUAAAAAAAAAAAUAGACAUAAAACAAUCACUGAAAACAAAAAUAAAACCAACAAGACAUUUAAACUGCAAUAUAUUAUACUUCUGGAAAUGUAAUGAAGAUCCUUUGGUAACUAGGAGGGUAUAAUAGGGAGCCACAGGCUUCUUUGGAUCUCUUUCUAUCUCUUGGAGGGCAGAGAGUCCGGUCUGCCCUCAGAGAGGGAUAUCUGAUUUUGUAUGUCUCCUCCGAGAGGGUGAAGAAAAGAUGCCCCCUGAACAUCAGAGGCGAGCCAGUGUGGUGUAGUGGUUAAGGUGUUGGGCUUUGACCUGGGAGACCAGGGUUCAAAUCCCCACAUAGCCAUGAAGCUGACUGGGUGCAGUCACUGCCUCUCAGCCUCAUGGAAACCCUAUUCAUAGGGUCGCCAUAAGUCGGAAUCGACUUGAAGGCAGUACAAUACAGAACAUCAGAGAGGGCCAAAAAGGAAAAAGGAAACUAUCCAGGGGGUGAUGUGGCCAUUCCAGGAGAGGUUGAGUAUCUUCAAGAUCCAAAAUCCUCUCAUUCCCCUGAGAUACCUCCAGAGCAGGACAAACUACAACAGCCCUCUGUAGUGUAUGUGUGCGGUGCUGUAGGGGCUAGAAUUUACAGAGGCUCAUUCCCAACUCCAAAUAUUCCUCAGAGUCAAGGAAGGCUGCCGAUGCAGUUCUCAAGAGGCUUCAGCAACUCACUAUUCUCACCCUAACUUACCUUUCAAGGUUGUUGUGAAAUUAAAAUGCCACUCUGAACACCUUAAACUGCAAUGUUUGGGUUUCAGAUCCUGGGGCCUAGAUAAUCUAUUGGCUUCCUUCCAGCAUGAUUCUUUGAAGACUAUUUCCUCCAACAGAAAGCCCUGUGGAACCUUUAGAAAAAGUAGCCUCCAGGGCACCAUAGCUUAAAAAGAUGCUCAUUCAUUUCAUCUGCUUGGCUGUAGUGUUUUAGCAACUUGGAAACAUGCCAGAUAUCUUAGGCUACGACCUCAGAGUUAUCUAGUUACUCUGCAGUUAAGGGUAUGAAUUAUUGACUUGAAAUUGUACAAGUUUAGGGGAGUGAGGGUUUUGGGUUUUUUUUAAAAAAAGGGAGAGAGCAGGGUUGUAGGAUCCAGGAUCCAGGGGGUCUUAAACCACUUACCAAGUCCCAGCAGGGUCCCUAUGUCUGAAGCAUCCUACAGGCCAAUCAGCAUGAAAGGGAAAUGUGUUGGCCACUGAGAGGAAUACCAAUAAGUGUCAGUUUCAAGCAAGCCUUUAUUAAUUCCUACUUCAAAAAGCCAAGCCAGGUUUUGAAGAGUGAGAAUUCUGUAAUUGCAGAAGGACAGUGAAUCCUGAUGGUAGCAUCCCAUCUACAUCAUCAAGAAGUUUGGUAGCUGCAGCAGAUAAAUGCGUAGGCACUGAAUUCAGUAAUUCAAGCAAUAUCUCUGACAGUAAUAAAGGACAGUCAAAUGGUGACAUUGACAGAGAAGCAGAAAGCAGUGUUCAAGCCUGGCCAGAUAAUUCUAUAAUCUUAGAAGGUUGUAUAAUCUUAGAAGGGGUGUGGCUGUGACUAGCUUGAAGAGACCCUGCAUGUCUGAAUUUGCCACUUACACUACUGGGAGAGAGAGAAACAGAUAAGCUGCUUCUGUACACAGCAUAGUAACAGUUUACUUGCUGCCAUCAUUUGACAACAGCUGACAAAUGCACAUUGAUUUCAUAUAUGCUAAAUGGUGUCCUGUGCACAGAAGUUCAACUCUUUUGCAGCUGGUGAUCUUUGUCUCCAGCAUAUGCAAAGUUGUGGCUUGUAGUUAUUCCAGACUAUUUAUCCCACAUCACAUUGCAUCAGCUUGUCAGUCACUGUCAAGGACACUGAGCGCAGAGCAUAUGUUUGCAAAUAAUCAGUGCUAAAAAGCAAUGGGACUUCAGAGCGUGAGCUCAGUCUGCUGAAAUUACAGUGCCCGUUAUCCUCUGAAGACACUCUUAUCUUUAUGGGUUUUGAAUGGUUCCCCAGCAGGAAAAACUAAACUAAACGAUUUGCACCAACUUCUAUGCAUACUAUUCUUUCUUACUCCUUGAAGACAGAGCUAACUAUAGUUUUUGUUGCCUUCCUUCCAUAAAUACAUCUUGGAAGCUGGAGUGUAAGCUGCUCAGAGUGGCACCAAUGUCUACAAUAAAUCCAGUAUCAGCACAAAGACCUGCCGUUCUGGGCUAUACCAAUAAAUGUUCCUUUAUUCAAAGAUUUAUAAACUACCUUUCAGGGUUGUGUGAAAAUUUUUUCUCACACACACACUUAUCUUCUCUAAAAUGUUCUGACAUAAUGUGAAGCAGGGGUCACCAACAUAUUGCCUGCAGGUGAAGGUGUGCCCACAAAGCCUUCACUGGGGCCCACAGGAUCCCCUUUUCCACCCUUCCCUCUUACUGAAAAUAGACUUGAAAGCACAAUUCUGUUGUAGCCAGUGGAAUAAGUCGCAUUAUGUGCUUGAUUAUAGUAUGGGUGCAGUGUCUAUGACAGUUUUUCUGGUUUAUAAAUGAGCCCAUGGACACCCCCCCCAAUUGACAAUCCCUAGUGUAGAACAACCUGAACACUGAUUUGAAACAUAUUGUAAUGUAUGGAUUAGUCCUUUGUUCAUGUAAAUUUGGUAUACCUAAGUAACAGAAAAUUUCUGCUGGUCGUGGGUACUUCAAACUAGGGAUUUUGAGGAAUUCAGUGUUUGCAAAUUAUGAAAUAAAUUGACCUGAUCCACAACUCACAGACUAAUGUGAGGAUGAAAACAAAAUUAUCCUUUGGAAUUCUCACUUCUCUAAAUUUUGUGAUAUAGUAUUUGGGUUAAAAAUGUACUAAAAUGUGUUUUAAAAUGUGAACGUUAGGAUACCUAGAAGACCAUACAGAUAGUUCGGGGGUGCUCCUAGAUUCAGGACUGACUGGGGAAGCCCAAGAGGUGUCAGUGACACAGAGUGCUUUUGACGAGUUUCAGCUGGUAUUCCAACUGUCCCCUAUCUGGAGAGGGCUGACCUUGCCACAGUGAUUCAUGCUCUGGUCAUGUUUAGACUAAACUACUGUAAUGUGCUCUAUAUAGGAUUGCCUUUCAAGACAGUUCAGAAACUACAACUAGUCCAGAAUAUGGCUGCCAGAGUCUUAUGGGGGCAAGGCAGUCAAUAUCUGUAAUGCCUUUAUCAUAUCAGCUGCACUGGUUAC